AACUGUGGUAACUUUGGUGGGUAUGUCUGUUGUCAGAGAUCACGUGACCAACUGAAAGUCACUUCUCUAUAAAAUCCCGUCAGACAGCACGCUGGCUUUCUCCCAUCGUUCCCCACGGAUGCUCAUUUAUUCUCGGUCUGGCUGUGUUACGUGAAUCAUGUCAGACCAGGCUUUUGUCACACUUGCUACAACUGACAACUAUGCCAAAGGAGCAAUGGUACUUGGCAAGUCUUUAAGGAGCCACAGCACAUCCAGAAAACUUGUGGCUCUGAUUGGCCCCCAUGUCUCGGAACCCUCCAGAGCAGUGCUUCAUAAAAUCUAUGAUGAGGUCAGGCUGGUGGACAUGCUGGACAGUGGGGACAUGGCACACUUGGCCAUGCUGAAAAGACCCGACUUGGGCGUCACUUUCACCAAACUCCACUGCUGGACCCUUACGGAGUACUCCAAAUGCGUGUUUAUGGAUGCAGAUACUUUAGUUUUGUCUAAUAUAGAUGAAUUGUUUGAGAGAGAGGAGUUCUCUGCUGCACCAGAUCCCGGCUGGCCUGAUUGCUUCAACUCUGGUGUGUUUGUGUAUAGCCCAUCCAAUGAGACCUAUGGGAAGCUUCUCACCACCUGCUCAGAGAAUGGCAGCUUUGAUGGUGGUGAUCAGGGAGUUCUCAACAGCUUCUUCAGCGAUUGGGCAACGGCAGACAUUUCAAAACGCCUUCCUUUCAUUUACAACCUCAGCAGCAUUGCCAUCUACACCUAUCUUCCAGCAUUCAAGCAAUAUGGCCAUGAUGCCAAGGUAGUACAUUUCCUUGGCAAAGUAAAACCAUGGGAUUAUAGUUAUGACACAACAAGCAAAGCAAUAAAAGGUCAGUCCCAGGAUGCUUCUGACAUGCACCCCAACUACUUGCUUCAGUGGUGGGAGCUUUUCUCUUCUUCAGUAUUCCCCCUCAUGAAAGAAGAGUAUGGUGACCAGCCCUUCAAUUCCGGAUGCAUUGAGAGUAAUAUUCACACUGAUGUUGCGAAGAUGGACAUAUCCCACCAUCCCACUCCUGAGGCGUCAUCACAAGAGCGGAAACAGAAGUGGGAACAGGGCCAAGCUGACUACAUGGGACUGGACUCAUUUGAAAACAUAGAGAAAAAGCUUGAUUCCUUCCUGAAGUGAGGGCUGCCUAGAAAUGCAUUGAGAUAUAGUUUUGUACAUAUAGGGCAUGAAAUAAAACACUUGGGAUUGUUCACCCCAAAAACGUAAAUUAAAUUAAUCAACCCCAUGUUGUUUCAAACCCUAUGACUUCUGUUUUUUCAUGGAAUACAGAAGUAGUAUAUUAGUUUGUAUGGAGAAAGGUUGCAAUGAAAGUGAAUGGUUACAAUGUAAUUGAAUGGUGACUGAGGCUAACAUUCUGCCUAACAUCCGUUUUUGUGUUUCACAGAAAAAAAAUUAGCUUGGAACAACAUGAGGGAAAGGAAUUUUCAUUUUAGGGUGAACUAAAUCUUUAUAUACAUCCUCUGAUUUUAAUGCCAGUUCCAACUGUCUAUGCAGCUUGACCAUUCAACCUCUUUCACACUGCGAUUUUUAACUUUGCAUUUUCUCCAAUGGCCUCAUUUCCUGAGGUGGUGUGACACCAUGAAGGCAAUCUGUCAUUGAACAAGACACUGCAGUUACUUUUAUUAUUAUUCAAAGUACUGUAAUUUAAAUGUUAUGUUCAUAGAAAUGUCAGGUGUUGUGAGGAGCCGAAACAUUCAAAAACAACAUACAGCAAACUAUGCCAAAACAAACCAUUAAAAUGUCUUUUACAUCCAAAGUAUACUGCUUGCCACUCCACAUUCGUUAUUAAACCUCUAAUCCCCACCUUAUGUUUACAAGACUCUGUUCAUGCCCACUCCCCUAAAUAGACAUUACUGGCUCUGAUACGCAUCAGUAACUCUUAUUGUGUGAACCAAGGUCACUCCACUCUUGCUCACUGGCCAGUCACUCCCUGUACCAAGGUGAAGGCAAAAAUGGUUGUGCUAUACUUGGUUUCAACCUGUACAACUGUUUAAGCAGUCUCUGUAGCUGUUGAUGGUAACUACUACUAAUGCCUCCAACUCCCCUCAAACUGCAACAUCUGAAAUAAAAAUAAAAAAACCUCAAUGUGAAUUCUGAUUUACUGUGAUGGGGAGAAGUUUAUUCUUCCAGGCACGAACACUGAAUGCAUAAAAUAUAUUUUAAUGUGAGAAUUGUGGGCAAAUGUUUUUUUUUUUCAUGUCAUUUAUACAGACAUGUAGAUCCUGUGCAAGAAGAAAUGACUGUACUGAAAAGAAAAUCUGUUAACACUGAACUUCUGAACAAAUCUGAGUAUAUGGCCAUGUCUAGUACUAGGGUCAAUUAAUUUCCCAUUAGAUUUAAGCAUUCAGAAUAAAACUGAGAACACUGCCUCCCAGUGGCUGACAUGAAAUAAAUCCUGGGACAUUUCACUCACUGGAUCAAUCAGAAUGACAUGAGAAGCAGAGGUCAGAUUAAGCUCCACCUUUGAGUGCCAAUAACCUGAUGGUGGAGUCUUGCAGGUCCUGAAUGGACUUUGCUCUUGUUUUCUGAGUCAUGGAGCCAUCCAGGCGUGUGAAAGAGAAUCCAUAUUCCCUGUGGACACCACCAGUUUCAGUGCUCGAUACCACUAAUGGAUGCUGCAAGUAUUUAGUGCAUUCUUUGUUUAUAGUAGCC